CACAUGAUCUAGGUCGGUUUCGGUCACAUGAUCGUGCUGUGGGCACGGUGCGAGGAAGCCGGACGAGCCGCUCCCGCGAUGGACAGCAGGCUCCCCUAUGACGAUUACCCUGUCGUCUUUCUGCCGGCCUAUGAGAACCCGCCGGCCUGGAUCCCUCCCCACGAGAGAAUUGGCCACCCUGACUACAAUAAUGAGUUGACCCAGUACCUGCCUCGCACUAUUGUGCUGAAGAAGCCUCCUGGGGCUCAGCUGGGCUUCAACAUUCGAGGAGGAAAGGCCUCCCAGCUGGGGAUCUUCAUCUCCAAGGUGAUCCCUGACUCAGAUGCACACAGAGCAGGACUACAGGAGGGAGACCAGGUCCUGGCAGUUAAUGAUGUAGAUUUCCAGGACAUUGAGCACAGCAAGGCUGUCGAGAUCCUCAAGACUGCCCCUGAGAUCAUCAUGCGGGUGCGUUACUUCCCCUACAAUUACCAGAGGCAGAAGGAGAGAACUGUUCACUGUCCCUGAUGAGGUCCUCUCUAGUAAUGGCUGCUCUGCCCUGCAGUUCAUUGGGUCACAGCAGGAAGACUCUGCUCUCUGCAGCAUUGGGGAGAUUUGACACUAACCUAGAUUUUCCUUCAAGUUUCAGCUUUGGGCAGAGGUGUGACUAUCCUGCUGGCUCUGUGGGUCACAGCUCCCACAAGAUCCCAGCUCUGCUCUCUGUACUGAUGGACCCAACCUAUUCCUGUUUACACCAUGGAGUCAAGGAUGUGGCAGGACAGGGAGCUGGGCUCUAAUCUCCAGUUUCUGGCUUAGGCACUGCACAAGUUGAUGGAGAAGUGGGGUAUGGAGGAUGCUGGGGAAUGAAGGGUGGCUUCUGUAGCCAGACCUGUAUCCAUGGAGUGAGUGUCUUUUCCAGUAGGUGAUUGCACC